CAAUCAUUAUUAAAACUGAGAGAAAAUGCCUUAAUGGAGAAGACAAAAGCGGAGUUACAAUGGUUAGAGCAGCAAAGACAACGAAUCCGAAACAAAGGUGCCGAUGAUUCAUACCCUCAGAUCAAGAAACGACAAAGAGGCCUCAAGAUGAAGUUACAAGAACAACAAGAAGAGAUUCGUAGAAUGAGAGAAGAGAACAAAGCAGCAGCAAAAGAACGACAGCGUAAAUUAUACGAAGAAAUCACAAAACGACAGGCGUCUCAGAGUAAGACAAAGUCUGUAGCCACACCAAGAGGUAGGCUUGGACGGCCAAAAGAAGUUCACACUGAGGCAGAAGUUAGCUCGAUUGACGAGGCGUCAGAUGCAGAGAAACAGCGAAAGGAUUAUAAAUCUGACUCUGAGAUCUACACCGAGCCAAAGAUAAGUGGAAGAAGAUCCAAACAAAAUCCUGAAAAAUACAAGAAGAUUCAUCUGGAUGAAAAGUAUUUGACACAAAGACAGUCCCAGUUAAUGGAUAGGCGGAAGAAUGCAGAAGAACUACUCAAAUGGAAGACCAUGCUGGACAAGGAAGAAUCUAGGGUAUUUAAACUGGAAAAACAAGCAUUGAAAGUAUGGGAUAAAAAAGACAAAGAUGUGAAGAAGGAGAAAGAACCAUCGCAAAGUGCGGCAAAAAGUGAAACAGAAAAGCCGUCAAGUAAGAAGGAUAAUGGAACCACAAAAGUGUCUCAGGAUAGAGAUAGUACUGUAAUUUCUGAAAAACAAAUUAACAACUGCUCGAUGAUAAUCACUCUACACCCAGCAUCAAGGAAGACAUCAAAGACAGCCAGUUCUCGAGAGUUCGCCAGAGGAGAUUCACCGACGAAUGAUGAAUGA